CAUGCAUCAGUUGCUCCCACUUUAAAUGAGAGUCAAGUGGCAUCCGAUGAACGCCCAGAACCAAAAGCGUCACCUGGUGACGACUUAGAAGCAGUUCCAUCCACUCCAAUAUACCCCGAUCCAAAGUCUCUGCUUCACGAGAUAGCUUUCAUCUUUAUUGUCUGUACAGCUCAGCUGAUGACACAAGCCGGACUGGCACUAUCUAUCGCACCUCUCAAAAUCAUUGCCACCAGCUUCAAUAGCUCUACCAAAGACAUGACAUGGGCUUCAGCCGGGUACAGUUUGACCGUUGGAACAUUCAUCUUCAUAUCGGGAAGACUAGGUGAUGUCUACGGCCACCGGCUGAUGUUCAUUAUUGGAUUUCUGUGGUUCGGAAUUUGGUCUGUGCUGGCAGGUGUUUCUGUGUGGUCGAACCAGAUAUUCUUUGAUUGCUGCCGCGCUUUCCAGGGUAUUGGCCCUGCUCUGCUUCUUCCAAAUGGAGCUGCGAUUCUGGGACGCACAUACCCACCGGGUCCUCGCAAGGGCAUGGUAUUCUGUGUGUUUGGAGCUGUGGCGCCAGCUGGUUUUGUUCUGGGUGCGACCUUUUCGUCCUUGCUCGCUCAGUUCCUCUGGUGGCCCUGGGCAUACUGGAUCAUGGGUAUUGCUUGUGUAGUAUUUGCAGUAGUAGGAUACCUGGUCAUCCCUCCCAUGUACCAGGAAGUUCCACGGAAGGAUCUCUCAACGUUAGAGCGACUGGACGGGUACGGUGCCAUGACAGGAGUCUCAGGCCUAAUCUUGAUUAAUUUUGCCUGGAACCAGGCCGCUGCUGUAGGGUGGAAAGUCCCUUAUACAUACGCUCUUUUGAUCGUUGGAAUCCUGAUCAUUGUCCUGUUCAUAUUCAUUGAACGCAAGGCUGUUUAUCCGCUCCUGCCUCAGUCAGCGCUGCGAGGAGAGGUUGGCUGGGUUCUUGGUUGUAUUGCAGCUGGAUGGUCGAGUUUCGGUGUCGUCGUGUUCUAUUUCUACAACAUUCUUGAGAAUAUCGAAGGAAACAAGGGAUUGCUUGUGACGGCCAAGUUCUGCGGUGCAGCUGUGUCUGGCGCAUGUGCUGCUAUAUUCACCGGCUUCCUCCUUGGCCGUGUUCAAGCAAGCGUUAUAAUGCUACUCGCAAUGCUGGCGUUUUCUGCUGGUCAAGCUCUGUUGGCCUCGAUGCCCAUUGGGCAGGUGUACUGGGCGAACGCCUUUGUCAUCACACUUAUCACACCAUUUGGAAUGGAUAUGUCAUUCCCAUCAGGUAGUUUGAUUCUCAGCAAUGCCAUGCCGCAAAAGCACCAAGGUGUUGCUGGCUCGCUUGUGAGUACUGUUGUGAACUACUCCAUAUCCAUGGGUCUGGGCUUUGCCGGAACAGUAGAAUACUACGUCAAUGACAAUGGUAAAGAUGAACUGAAGGGAUACCGGGGAGCUAGUUAUACUGGUGUCGGUCUUGCUGGAGCAGGUGUCGUCAUCGCGACUUGUUUCAUGAUCGUAACUUGGAGGAAGUCCAGAAAAGAUUCGUGA